AAUCCAAACCGGAAAUGCGCUGCAGUCAAACAGUCACGUGACAAUCGCGUUCCUGUUGAGGCAGUAAAUAGCAUCAGCUAGCAGAGGCUGUUAACCCAGCUACACCGUUUCAUGAUGUUUCCCCAGCCGUAGUCCGCUCACUGUCUGAAGGAGAGCUCCAAACCGGUUUUCCCAGAGGCGGGUGAUGACUUUYCCUGGAGUGGGGCGAAAUUAGAACCCAGAAGCUCGAGCUGGGUGAUCAAAUCUCAGCUUAGCAUCAGAAGUUUUAGCCUCCGCCGCCGCAGGAGGAGCAGGGCUGACGGAGGCAAGGGUUCUGCCUUGUGACCAUGCAGGGGGAAACUGCGGCGGUUCGGGUCGCGGAGAACGAGGGGAAAGUAGAUGUAUUUCCCCCGAACAGAACCCCCAGUUCGGGGAGAGCGGGCGGGAAGAGCUGGCAGUACAGCGAUCACAUGGAGAACAUUGACGGCUACCUGAUGAAGUACACCAACUUGGUGACAGGCUGGCAGUACAGGUUCUUCGUCCUGAACAACGAGGCGGGUCUGUUGGAGUACUUUGUGAACGAGCAGUCCCGCUCCCAGAAGCCCCGGGGCAGCCUGCCGCUGGCUGGGGCCGUCAUCUCCCCCAGCGACGAGGACUCCCACACCUUCACCGUAAACGCCAUCAGUGGAGAGCAGUACAAGCUGCGAGCCAGUGACGCCAAGGAGAGGCAGCACUGGGUGAGCCGGCUGCAGAUCUGCACUCAGCACCACACCGAGGCCCUGGGCAAGAGCAACCCCGCCCCCAGCCGCAGGUACUCUGUGGCGUCCCAGAGCAGCGCCAGCUCGCCGUUGUCUCUGCGGCGGCCCAGUCAAAGUACCUCGGCCCUGUUCGGCUGGACGCAAAACCACAAGGGUUCUGUCUACUCCAGCAGGAAGUCCCUGAUGCCCGACCACCUGCUGGACGCCAGGGAGAUGAUGAGCCAGGCCCAGGGCCAGCACCGGGACCUGAUCCAGAGYAUCGAGGGGCUGCCGGYGGCCCCGGGCCCCGGCCUGUCCCCCCUGGACCAGGACCUGCUGAUGCUGAAGGCCACCUCCAUGGCCACCAUGAGCUGCCUGAGCGAGUGCCUGCACAUCCUGCAGCUGCAGCAGGUGGCGCGGCAGCGGGCCGCCCUGGGAGGGCCCACCAUCGAGUGGCUGGAGCGCAAAGGGGCCGACGACGUCCUGAAGAACGGCAGCAGUCCGCUGGACGACCACACCCCACUGGAGGGGGGCUGCCUGCCGCUCAGCGCCCCCGACGCCUCCAGCUGCUCUGGGGAGCAGGAGGAGGUGGACCCGGAGGACGAGGUGGAGGACUCGUUCAUGGACAUGGAGGAAGACCUGGGGGCCGUGGAGGAGGAGCGCAGCGUCAUCCUGCACCUGCUGUCGCAGCUCAAGCUGGGCAUGGACCUGACCCGGGUGGUCCUGCCCACCUUCAUCCUGGAGAAGCGCUCCCUGCUGGAGAUGUACGCAGACUUCAUGUCGCACCCGGAGCUCUUCGUCACCAUCACCGACGGCAACAGCCCCGAGGACCGCAUGAUCCGCUUUGUGGAGUACUACCUCACGUCAUUCCACGAGGGCCGCAARGGCGCCAUCGCCAAGAAGCCCUACAACCCCAUCAUCGGAGAGACCUUCCACUGCUCCUGGAGGGUCCCUCGGGGGCCCGAGGCCCUCCAGGGGGAAGCCGAGUCCCCCGCCGAGGCCCCGGAGCCCUACCAGGUGCGCUUUGUGGCGGAGCAGGUGUCCCAUCAUCCCCCGGUGUCUGGCUUCUACGCAGAGUGUGCGGAGAGGCAGAUGUGUGUGAACACACACGUGUGGACCAAGAGCAAGUUCAUGGGGAUGUCCAUCGGCGUGUCCAUGAUCGGAGAAGGUUGCCUGCAUCUGCUGGAGCACGACGAGGAGUACACCUUCACGCUGCCCUGCGCCUACGCCCGCUCCAUCCUCACCGUGCCCUGGGUGGAGCUGGGCGGAAAGGUCAACAUCKCCUGCAACAAGUCCGGAUACUCGGCCAUCAUCACCUUCCAGACCAAGCCCUUCUACGGCGGAAAGUUACACAAGGUAACGGCAGAGGUGAAGCACAACCCCACCAAUGUGGUGGUGUGUCGGGUUCAGGGUGAGUGGAACGGCGUGCUGGAGUUCAGCUACACCAGCGGAGAGACCAAGGUGGUGGACGUCACCAAGCUGCCCGUCACCAGGAAACGGGUCCGGCCCAUAGAGAAGCAAGCGCCCACAGAGUCCAGGCGGCUGUGGCAGCAUGUGACGGAGGCGCUGCGGCAGAAGGACAUCGAUAAAGCCACCGAACACAAGAGGGUCCUGGAGGAGCGGCAGCGGGCCGAGGAGCGCCAGCGGGCCGAGACCGAGACRCCAUGGAGGACCAGAUACUUUGACCGGGAGGGUGAAGGCUGGGCCUACAGCAAGCCUCUCUGGAAGAACUCAAAGUCCUACGUUUCCUGUCUUUAAGUCCAGCUUUAGGUGGCUGAAUGUGAGUGAGUUGCACACAGUUGGGAUUAAAGGCGGGGCACUCUGGCAGCCGGCGGCCAAUCAGGUGACGCUCGGAGCCUCAGAGGACGAGCUGCUGCUCCGCUGCUCGUUUUUUAUAUCUCGACGUAUUCUUGUACAGGUACUAACAGCCUUAAGACGGUUCGGAGGGUUGGGAUCUGCUUGGUUUGCUUCUUUUCUCCACCUUCAGCUUCACUUUGGUUAAGAGGAGCGUUUGUUUGAGGAGAGAGAGAGGGGCGAGCGACGUGCUGCGUCUGUUCCAGACUAGCAGCUCAACCAAUCAGGACGAACUUCACAGGAAAACCAG